GCGCUUUUCGCGCGGUGAAGGACUGCCUCGGUACGGUCAUGUCCGUCGACAACCAAUCAUGCAGGUAUCACAAUCGACCAUAGACUUCCUACUUCUCAGCUAUGCAUCGAGACUUCGACCAGUGCGGGUGACAAACACGAGGGUCUGUUGGCACGUUCAGUGGAAGUCGUGGCAGGUCUGAGUUGUUAUAUCUUCACAGACCCUUCCCUCGAAAUGAACAUGCAGCUUUCAUUAUUCUACUUUCUCUACUCAGCGACACUCGACACAUUCCUGCCUUGACUCACAUCGACAUCGUCCAAUUACUGUGGUAGGACCGACCAUGAGCGGCAUUUUACAUUGGGGCCUGGCGGCUCUCGUUCUCGCUACUCUUGCUAUGUCUACACCUGUCCCCCAGGACAUCGCCUUUGAGAUGGUGCAAGCCAUCCCGGAUCCCUCUUAUUCUAUCGCCGUCGGUGUUGCAUCUCAAACAGUAUCUUACGACGCAGUGAGCAUCCAUGCAGAGGCCACAGAGGCGACAUCGGUGACUGUCGAUGUCACAGACCUCGUGCAGCAAACGGCUGUGCUUCAACGUAUGGCAAAGAGAGGAAACUGUGCCACUCAGCCACUGGGCGCGUCAGCAGCACCCACUUACUCGCCUGAUGCCGCUUCUGCCUUCGCCAGUGCCACGACGUUUGGCAUAGUAGCGUCCAGUGCACCCACUCCCAGUGGAUAUGACCAAACCUUUGUCAACCUAGCUGCCUCCAACAAUGCUUAUGGUUAUCUUGGGUUUACAACACUCCAGUCCUACGAUACACAAGCGUGUGCCGCAAAGUGCAACAAGAUCAACGGAUGCAUGGCGAUCAAUAUCUACUUCGAACGCGACCCUAGCCUGGACCCAGGUGCAAAUUGCCCGAAUCCCAGCUCGGUGACGACGAUCAAGUGCGUAUUUUGGGGCGGAAAUCUGGAUGCCACUAACGCAAAUGGCAAAGGUCAAUACCGCCAAGACUUUCAAAUCUUGAUCGCGGGCUCAAACGGCUAUGUCAACAAAACUCUCGCCACUCCUCAGGGCUACUCUUCUCCGACUUAUCUUGGCAAUGCCGCAAUCAACGCAACAUUCGACGCACAGGGGUACAACACCUACAUGGGCGCAAAGCUCUUCACGGAUGGUCCAUUCAAUGCUACACUCUGCAGUGUUCACUGUACAUCACAGACUCAAUACAAUCUGGACAAUGCUCCCCAGGACGGAACACCUGUUCAGACAUGCCAAUUCUUCAACACCUAUCUUCUUUACGCCAAUGGCAAACCCCAAGGGCAAUAUUGUGCGCUUUACUCGGAGUCAUGGUCGUCAAAAUACGCAACAAACGUUGGACAGACCUCGGAUGGCUCAAAGUACACUAUCGGAUACUCAUACGUCUUCAGUAACGCUACAAAUUCCGGCUCACCUAACAGACCUGGUGCCAUUUAUCAGGCUCGUGAUGAGUUGAAUGCCAACACGCUACAGCCGUACUGCUCGGAUCUUCUCGGUUAUUCCUUGCCAGUGACUACGAUUACCUCUACUGCCACCAUCAGCCCAUCUACACUUCUCGUUAGCAUUGCUACAGUCACCGUCACAAGUUCACCAACAACCAUCAUUUCAGAAAUUCAAACCUCAUACAUUACCGCAGCUCCAACUACGACCGAAAUCAACGUCGUCACAGCCACGAGCUCUACCAUUACUUUCGUUGCGGAAAAGCCGCCUCAGAAGAGACAGGCUCUCGACCUUGAGCGACGCGCGGCUUCAGUUCCGACCGUCUUGUCCAAAUAUCCAUCGACCGUCGUCUCGUCAGCGUGUUCCUUGGUCGCGACGCCAGUCACCGGCGUAUCUACGAUCAUAAUAAGUGUGACGACAUCCGCUCCGGUGAAUACAAUCACUCUGCUGUCCACAGCGACAGCUGAGACCACUGCUGAUGUGAUCACGAUCACUUCUUUGUCCACACAAACUAUUGGGCUCACUCUCCCUGUUGUCACCGUCAGUUCUUUCUCAACCACGACUGUUAUCGUCACGGUCGAGUCUACAAAUUUCCCGUCCAUAAGCUCCCCAUCUACGAGCUCCUCAUCUGCGAGUUCCACGACGGGAGAUGCCACAUCAAGUAGCGCCAUGUCAUCAGCAGCAGCUCAGAGUCCGAACGCCGUCGCAAGUUGCGACUACAACGGGCAAAAGUUCACCGCUGGUAAGUUGACCACCUUGAGACCUGUCGAGGCAAAUUCCCACCUCGAUAUAUGCUUGACACAUACCAACGCUGACCUGUGGUGCCCCUAGCUGACGGCAGUCAAUUUCUCAUCAUUUGCAACAAGGAUUACACCACAACGGAUAGUAACAUUGUCGGAAUCAACCCUGUAACCGCAAGUUCGUUCGAUG